AUGGGGACAGCCAUCAGCACCCCUGCCUGUGGGUCACCUCUGGGCCGUGCAGUGCGGGGCAGGGCCCACGACAGCCCUAAGAUGGUGCCCCAGGAGAUCCAGCCCGCUGCUGCUCAGAGGAAAACGAAAGGCCGGCCACGCCCACCUCCACGGCCAAGGCUGGGCCCCGCCCUGAGCCACCACACCUCGCACCUGCACGGUCGGCCCUCCACGGCUACGCCAGACGCAGGCCCCUGCGCGGUCCCCCACGGCUACGUCACCACGCAGGCCCCUACGCGGUCUUCCACGGCUACGCCGGACGCAGGCCCCUAUGCAGUCCCCCACGGCUACGUCACCACGAAGGCCCCUACGCGGUCUUCCACGGCUACGUCACCACGCAGGCCCCUACGCGGUCUUCCACGGCUACGUCACCACGCAGGCCCCUCCGCGGUCCCCCACGGCUACGUCACCACGCAGGCCCCUACGCGGUCUUCCACGGCUACGCCGGACGCAGGCCCCUAUGCAGUCCCCCACGGCUACGUCACCACGCAGGCCCCUACGCGGUCUUCCACGGCUACGCCAGACGCAGGCCCCUGCGCGGUCCCCCACGGCUACGUCACCACGCAGGCCCCUACGCGGUCUUCCACGGCUACGCCGGACGCAGGCCCCUAUGCAGUCCCCCACGGCUACGUCACCACGCAGGCCCCUUGGCGGUCUUCCACGGCUACUUCAGACGCAGGCCCCUGCGCGGUCCCCCACGGCUACGUCACCACGCAGGCCCCUGCGCGGUCCCCCACGGCUACGUCACCACGCAGGCCCCUGCGCGGUCCCCCACGGCUACGUCACCACGCAGGCCCCUGCGCGGUCUUCCACAGCCACGUCACUACGCAGGCCCCUGCGCAGUCCCCCACGGCUACGUCACCACGCAGGCCCCUCCGCGGUACCCCACGGCUACGUCACCACGCAGGCCCCUACGCAGUCUUCCACGGCUACGUCAGACGCAGGCCCCUGCGUGGUCCCCCACGGCUACGUCACCACGCAGGCCCCUACGCGGUCUUCCACGGCUACAUCAGACGCAGGCCCCUGCGCGGUCCCCCACGGCUACGUCACCACGCAGGCCCCUGCGCGGUCCCCCACGGCUACGUCACCACGCAGGCCCCUGCGCGGUCCCCCACGGCUACGUCACCACGCAGGCCCCUGCGCGGUCUUCCACAGCCACGUCACUACGCAGGCCCCUGCGCAGUCCCCCCCGGCUACGUCACCACGCAGGCCCCUGCGCGGUACCCCACGGCUACGUCACCACGCAGGCCCCUACGCCGUCUUCCACGGCUACGUCAGACGCAGGCCCCUGCGUGGUCCCCCACGGCUACGUCACCACGCAGGCCCCUGCGCGGUCUUCCACGGCUACGUCACCACGCAGGCCCCUGCGCGGUCUUCCACGGCUACGUCAGACGCAGGCCCCUGCGCGGUCCCCCACGGCUACGUCACCACGCAGGCCCCUACGCGGUCUUCCACGGCUACGUCAGACGCAGGCCCCUGCGCGGUCCCCCACGGCCACGUCACCACGCAGGCCCCUGCGCGGUCUUCCACGGCUACGUCAGACGCAGGCCCCUGCGCGGUCCCCCACGGCCACGUCACCACGCAGGCCCCUGCGCGGUCUUCCACGGCUACGUCAGACGCAGGCCCCUGCGCGGUCCCCCACGGCCACGUCACCACGCAGGCCCCUGCGCGGUCUUCCACGGCCACGUCACCACGCAGGCCCCUGCGCGGUCUUCCACGGCUACGUCAGACGCAGGCCCCUGCGCGGUCCCCCACGGCUACGUCACCACGCAGGCCCCUACGCGGUCUUCCACGGCCACGUCACCACGCAGGCCCCUGCGCGGUCCUCCCCGGCUACGUCACCGCGCAGGCCCUUGA